AUGGCCCGGCGUCCCUUGCAGCCGCGCCUCUCAGAGCUCCCGCGCCGGCAGGACUACCGGCCCGGUGACACUUCCGACCGCCCUUUGAAGUUUUCUCGCGUUCGACUCAAGGACGCCAGUGCGGCCCGGUUGCUGGAGUUGGCGGAGGCGACUCCCCAUUGGCAGGUGCACGUCCUCCCACGUAAGGGCCAUGUUGUGGCUCUGGCGCGCGAGGAGGACCGGCGGGAUGAGGUGCAGUGGCAAAUGAGGCCGCCUCCCGCACUGCGGGUUCUCCUUACUGCAGGCGCCUGCGGUAAGGACGAGUACCUGCAGCUCCUGCGCUGCAGUAGCGGGCGCAGGCAAGGGCCGGAGGAAGAGGACGCUGCUCCCUCAAAAGAGGAGCUCCUGGCCUUCCUGCGCAGCGGCGCCGCUGCGGCCGCGCUGCCAGCGGCCGCGGCACCCCGGUCGUGUUUUCCACGCAUCGAGUUUGUGGCAAGCACCGUUUUCCUCGUAGCAGCUUUGCCCACUGAAAAGACGCCCAGGAGAAACUUCUGCACCUUCCCGGUGCUCCGACCAAGGACCUGGCACUCUCGCUUGGCGUACUCGGACAGCGGCAACUCUGGCAGGAUGCUCACGUGCUCCUCCUCCGCACAGCGGGCGCGGGAGGCAUCCGCCUGGACCGCCUCCCUGGCGGUGCUUGCCGAGGCUGCCUCCUUGGCGUUGCGGCUGGACGCCUCUUGCACGAAUCCAGCUGCCACAGCUUUCGAGAAAGGAAGCCGUUGGCGGGGCGCGCUCCUGGCUGUUGCUUGGGCUGGCAGAGCUGCAGAGAUUCUGGCCUACAACGCGCUGAUGACGGCAGCCGCGGCUACGCAGAGUUGGCGCGAAAGUGCACUUUUCCUUCAGGAGCUGAUGCAGGAGAGCCUGGAGCCUACGAUAGUGAGUCUAUCAUGCGCUGCCGCAGAACCGGUCUCCCGCGCUUGGUUGCGUGGCGCCGGGCUGCUCACCCAUCUGCGCCGCUUUUCAGUUCAGUGCGAUGUGGCCGCGGGCAACGCCGUGCUCAGCGCCGCUACGGAUGCUACGACUUGGAGCUUCGCUCUCGCAACAGGAUCGUCUCUGCUACAUGCUGGCUUGGAGCUGGACCUCAUCGGCCGCAACAUUCUGAUUCGUGGCGCUGGCGGCGCUGGCUGGCCCAAGGCGAUGGCCCAGGUGCGCCGCAUGCGCCAAGCCACGCUCCAGCCAGACGUGAUCAGCUACAACGCGGCGAUCACUGCUGCUGAAGCAGGAGGGGAGUGGGCUUCAGCUGCCUCCAUGAUGGCUUCACUCUCCGAAGGGGCUGCCCCCUCGGCAAUUACGUUCAAUUCGGCAGCGAGUGCGGCAAGCUCAGGCCUCAAGUGGCGGCUUGCCCUCAGGUUUUUCCUCGCCGGCUUCGAGGCUGCGAAGAACGCCCGCCUUGUCAUCGGUGCCUGCCAGUAUGCCCUGAACUGGAGCCAAGCUUUGGAGUACCUGGCGAAGGCCUUCGCGAUGCAGCUGACAGUGAUUGUCUCCGCGCGCAACGCCGCAACGAUGGCGUGCACCGAGUUGCCUGGAAGCCUGCAAAGGGACGCUGUCUCGUUCGCUGCGGCGGCGGGCGCCUGCCGGCAGGCCAGCUUCGGAGCUGUCAUCGAGGGGUGCACACUCCAGUUGGCGAUUUGCGAAAUGGCAGCCCGCUGGCAGCACGUGCUCGCCCUGCGCAGCCUGGCUGACUCCGCAGGCAUGGAACCCGAGCUGAUGCUGCAAAACGCCGCGCACUGCGCCUGGCGUGCUGCCCGGAGAUGGGAGGGAUCCCUUCUCCUCUUGGCAGAGAUGGAGGAGACCACGGUGCAGCCUGAUGCUGUCAGCUUCGAAGCAGCCGUGCAGACCUGCGAGCUCGGUGGCCAACCUGGUCCCGCUGCACUGGUCCUCGGCCUUUGCCACUCCCGCACCUGGCUCCUGGGCAGGCCAACGUGA